AUGUCGGGAAAUCCACAUAAGCGGGUGCUCACCGAUACGCCUCGAAGCAACAAAAACAAAAAGAUCUUCUACGAUGCUAUGGGCUUCGAAUUUCGCAAGCACAAAGAGACGGUGAAAAAGGGACCCAUUUACAGAUGCCUUGUAAAAAAGUGUGGAAUACUUGCAAAGCUAACGCCGUUUGUGAAUGAAAAAGCGUUGGCGAAAGUAGCAAAACGGGUGGCAAAGAGAGCCUCCACAACAACGUGGCCUCAUCCGAUUGACUGCUCAACUUAUGGUGCACUGUUUGAAAGGGUUGAUACAUGUGCGCAGCACCAGCAGGGUGAUCACGCAGCGGUGAAAAUCUACGCGCACAAUGUUGGACUCGAUCUAUUACGAAAGAAUCGUUCUUGGACGGCCGAUGGCACAUUUUACUCGUGUCCGGCAGACUUUGCUCAACUGUUCAUCAUUGGAAUCCAAAAAGAACACCUAUUCUUACCGUGUGUUUUUGCUCUGUUGAGUGGAAAGUCCGCCCAGUGCUACGAAGCAGUCUUCCGUUACAUUUUGUCGGAAAAUAUUCCUGCACCAACAAAACUAAUGACAGACUUUGAGCGAGCGAUUUUCCAAGGUUAUCAGCAGGUUUAUGGCGCCGGAGUCGCUCAUCAGUAUUUUGUGUUUCACUUUCACCAAAAUAUUUUACGAAAUAUUAAGAAACGUGGCCUUUCUUCUCCGGUGCAAACUCCUUUCGGCAAAGGACAUCUUCAGUCAAUGAUGGCUCUCGCAUUGGUGGAACCGCAAGAAGUGCCCGACUAUUUUGACGCUGUUGUCUUGUCAGCUCACAAUUCACCACCACCGCUUGGCACAAAUUUUCGGGCUGUAAAAAAAGUUUUUCGCCUUUAU